AUCCUAUAUAGCACAUGAGUACAUGACAAUUGAUGAGAUGUUAUUGGCGUUUAGAGGGCGAUGCUCGUUUCGUGUGUACAUACCAAGCAAACCUGCUAAGUAUGGCAUCAAAAUUCAAGCACUUGUAAAUGCUAAGUCUUUUUACAUUUUUAAUUUAGAAGUUUAUGCAGGGAAGCAGCCUGCAGGGCCGUACGCUGUCAGUAACAGCGCUUUUGCUAUAGUGGAAAGACUAAUUCAGCCCAUUUCAAAGUCGAAUCGCAAUUUAACUUUUGAUAACUGGUUUACCAGUUACGAAUUGAUGAUGCAUCUAUUAGCUGAGCAUAGGCUGACUUCCACUGGAACAGUUCGCAAAAACAAAAGAUGCAUUCCACCUGUUUUUUUGAAGACCAGAAAAGAACCGGGAAGUUCAAUGUUUUGUUUCCAGAAGGAUAUUUCUUUGGUCUCUUAUGCCCCUAAAAAUAAUAAAGUGGUAAUUGCAAUGUCUACCCUUCACCACGAUGAUAGGAUUGAUGAAAGCACUGGAGACCAGAAAAAGCUGGAAAUUAUUACGUUCUACAACUCAACAAAAGCAGGAGUCGAUGUUGUUGAUGAGUUGAGCGCUUACGAUGUUUCGCACAACAGCAAGCGCUGGCCAAUGACAAUCUUUUAUGGAAUACUGAAUAUGGCUGCUAUCAAUGCAAACAUAAUAUUUCAAGAAAAUGUAAACAAAAACACUACACGAACAGAAUUUCUCCGUAAUAUGGCAUUAAGUUUGGUGUAUACGCAUUUGCGACUACGAGUAGAUAAAAAAAAUAUCCCCGUAAACAUACGUCAGAAAAUUUUUUCUCAAAUCAAUGAACCAUUGCGCCCAUUAUUCCAAAAUACUCCUGGACGUUAUGUUAGAUGUCUUGACUGUUCACGCCGCAAAGAUCGAAAGACUAAAUAUGCAUGUGCAUGCUGUGAAAAAGCCAUAUGUUUGGAUCAUGCAAUUUUUUCUUGCAAAGACUGUGCUAAUUUCGAUUCUAGUUCUUAA